AACACUGCCAAUCAUUUCUCAAGGUUUUAUUGCCAUGGAGCCAAUCAAUACAAACAUCAAUGAAUUUUCACUUGACAUUUUCAAGGAGCUGAACAGCUCUAGUGGUAAAACAAAUAUCUUUCUUUCACCAAUGAGCAUCUCAACUGCGCUAUCCCUCUUAUUCCUGGGAGCCAAAGAAAAUACAGCAACUCAAAUGCAAAAGGUUCUUCACUUCCCAAAAGUUAAAAAAGAGGGCCGACUUCAAAGUGGAUGUGCAACUCAGCAACACAGCAAACAUUCUGAGGAGAGCAUUCCAGGAAAGGAUGCACCACAUUGUGGAAAGGUAGCAGAUGUCCACUCAAAGUUCCAGGUUCUUUUAUCUAAGCUGACCAAACUCACCAACGGGGUGGAGCUGAAAAUAGCCAACGGAAUGUUUGCGCAAAUGAAUUUUCCUUUUUUACAGCAAUAUCUAGAAUGCGCUCAUGCUCUGUAUAAUGCAAAGCUACAGAAUGUGGAUUUUGAGAAAGAUGAGACCAGUCAAGAAAUCAACUUGUGGGUGGAGAGUACAACACAAGGAAAAAUCAAAGAUAUGAUUGAAACUAAUUCGCUUGAUAAAAGGACUGCACUUGUACUUGUAAAUGCAAUCUAUUUUAAAGGAGAAUGGAGCAAUCCCUUUCAAGAUAGCAAUACCAAAGAUUCACCAUUCUAUGUGAGCAAGGAUGUGGUCAAGUCUGUCCCAAUGAUGUUUCAGUCUCAAAAAUUUAAUCUGGGUGCUAUAAAAGAGCUGAACGCUCAAAUACUUGAGCUGCCAUAUCAACUUGGAGCACUAAGCAUGUUCAUAUUGCUGACAAAUGAAAAGCUUGGUUUGGAAAAGAUUGAACAGCAGUUAAGCUGGAAGACCUUGGCCAAGGGGAUGACAAACAUGGAAAAGACAAAAGUAGACGUAUACCUUCCACGCUUCAUGCUUGAGGAAAGCUAUGACCUCAACUCUCAUUUAAUUAAUAUGGGAAUGGUGGAUGCCUUCAGUGAAGGAAAGGCUAAUUUGUCUGGUGUAUCUGAUGUACCAUUAUAUGUCUCAAAGGUGGUCCAUAAGGCAUUUGUUGAAGUUAAUGAAAAAGGCACAGUGGCAGCUGCAGCAACAGGAGUUCAAAUUGAACCAAAAAUGCUUGUAAUACCUCGUACCUUCAAGGCAAAUCAUCCUUUUGUCUUCUUCAUCAAGCACAAAGAAACUGAUACCGUUCUCUUUUUUGGGAAAUAUAAAUCGCCAUAUUUCGUGAAACAAGACAGAUGGGCAAAACUAGUCAGUGGAAAGGAGGACAAUGUACACUUGCAAAGCCACAGAGAGGAAGAGGAGGUGCCAAGCAGUCCAGAAAAUUAUUCUGAGUAUUUGGCAGUCCAGCCUUCAAUUAUACCCAGAAGAUUAGAGAAGUUUGCGGAGGUAUUGACAAAGUCAACCAGAGACCAAUGGGUAUUGAACGCAAUAAAGAGGGGAUAUCAUUUGGAAUUCGAACAAGUUCCACAACACAGUCUGUUUCGAUGGUCAGAUAUUCUGGACCAGCAGGAAAGGAGAGAGAUAUUAAUGAAGUAUAUUCAACAGUUGCUCAAAGAAGGAGCGAUAAUUCCAGUUCCAGAGGAAUACAGGAAUAUAUUCAAGGUUAUUUCUGUUGAAGAAGAAAACAGGGGAUUAUCGACCAGUUUUAGACUUGAGACCAAUAAACUAAUUUUUGAAAAUAAGAAAAUUCAAGAUGGAGUCACUACAAUCGAUAAUUACACAAGUGGAACAAAACGAUUGGAUGCUAUCAAUAGAUUUAAAGGAUGCUUAUCUGAAAAUACCAGUAGCAGAAGUCCAUCAAAAAUACUUACGUUUUGCGAUACACAAAGAACUGCAGUACCAAUUCACAUGUCUGCCGUUUGGCUUAGCAACCUCUCCGCGAGUGUUUACAAAGGUACUUCAAGUAUUGAUUGUGGAGCUAAGAAAGUAUGGAAUACAGAUUUACCAUUAUUUGGACGACAUAUUGUUAAACUAAGCAAAGAAUUUGGAAGAACAAAGGGAUUUUGUGAUACAAUUUCUGCAGAAUCACGGCUGGCAAAUAAAUUUUGCGAAAAGUCAACUGAAGCCAACACAGGACCUUAUAUAUCCAGGAGCCAGAUUUUUGACAAAACAAGCAUUGAUUAUGUUGCCAGAUCAAAAGAGAAAAUAAAAGAAGUAAUAAAUCAUUUACUAACAGAGGCAGUGAUGUCGGCACAAGAAAUCAACAGUAUUCUUGGACUCCUCAAUGCCUCAAUACCAAUGUUGAAAUGGGACCACUACAACAAUGCUUUCUACAGCAAUGGAAGAAACUUCUCAUUAACCAUCACCAUGAGCAGCCUGAACAAUUCAUUCUUAGAAUUCUCACUUGACCUCUACAAAGAGCUAAAACAAAACCCAGAAAGUAAAAACAUCUUUUUCUCACCAUUAAGUAUCUCUUCUGCCAUGGGCAUGGUCCUCUUGGGAGCAAGGGAAAGAACAGCCGCUGACAUUGAAAAGGUGCUUCAUUUUCCUGCAGCUGUAAGCAGUAAAUACAGUAAACCUGCUUGUCAAAAGCAGACUUGCCAAACCGAAGGAGUUCAUGUGCUAUUUAAGGAGCUUUUCACAGCACUCAACAAGCCCAAUGAACAUUAUGAACUGAAUAUCGCAAAUCGAACAUAUGGCGAAAAGUCAUUUACAUUUUCCAAGCAAUAUUUAUUGUGCCUGGAGCAAUUAUACAAGGCAAAGCUUGAACCUACAGACUUCAAAAACAAUGCAGAAGCUUCCAUAGUGAAAAUUAAUGCGUGGGUUGAGUGUAAAACAAAAAGUAAAAUCAAAAACCUGUUCCCUAAGGGUACCCUUGAUGAUUCCACUGUAUUGGCCCUGGUUAAUGCAGUGUAUUUUAAGGGGCGCUGGAAGAAGCAGUUUGAAAAAGAAAAUACGAAGGACGCUCCAUUCUUUCUCAAAACGAAUGAUACAACUACAGUGAAAAUGAUGUCUCAGACAGGAAAGUACAAACUGGGCUCCCACCCAGAACUGAAAUGCAGGAUUUUGGAGCUUCCUUACGAAGAAGGCUUCAGUAUGAAGAUUAUAUUGCCAGAUGACAUUGAUGGAUUGGCAGAGCUUGAAGCUAACUUGACAUAUGAAAAAUUAACAAAGCUGAUGAAUCUAGAAAAUAUCCGAGAAGUUAAAGUUGUGGUAAGGCUUCCACAAUUCAAGUUUGGAGAGACAUAUUCUCUUAAAGAAGUGCUGAAGAGCAUGGGAAUGACCAGUGUCUUUCAGGGGGCUGAUCUGUCAGGAAUCUCAGAUAAAGUUAGUUUGGUUAUAUCAACGGUGAUACACAAAUCCUUUAUCGAAGUAAAUGAAGAGGGAACCGAAGCAGCAGCUGCUACAGGCAUUGGGAUUGUUGUUACAAGUCUACCCCUUCCACCAGAAGAAUUUGUAGCCGAUCAUCCUUUCUUGCUUACCAUAGAACAUAAUCAAACCAAAUCUAUGCUGUUCUUUGGAAGGUUCACAUCUCCAGAAAUAUGAAUUGAUUAAUGCACUAAAUAAUGAUUUGACAACAAAUGUAACAUACAUUAAACUGGCUUUGCCUGUCAUUAUUUUUUUAUCUUUUGAAAUGUCUGAAACUGAUCUAGUGAUCUUAUUUGGUUGUAAAUUGCCAGUAAUAGAAUAAAUAACUGUUGUUUUU